GGGUGGAGUAGUUGCUCAUCUGUCGUCUUACCGCCCAUAUGCGCCUUAAUUUGGAUGUACAUUUUCAGUUGUAAUUGCUGUGGAGAAUUGAAAUAGUCUACUUACUGUCACAGUCUUUAGUAACAUUAAAAUGAAAAAAAUGAUUGUAGCUCUGCUUCUUUUGCUGUUAUCCCUGAAUACAUCAAGAACCUUCAACAUUGAUACCAAUAUAAAAGUGCGAUUCCAAAAUAAUGAUGGCAUUCUGUUUGGCCAGAAUGUUGUCCAGUACAGUCAUGGACAAUAGAACUGAUCUUUGAAGAAGGCAAUUCACGCAAUAAUUUCUUACGUAGACUGGAACACCAAGAACAGAAUAUAAAGAUUGUUACUGGAUAUUGGUAAGUUCUCCCCUAUAUACCACUGACAACAGACAUUAUGGGAGAAUAGAGAAAUGCGAUCUAAAAAGAAAAUUAUGUGAAGCUAUCAAACUCACAGAAGCUGAGAAAUCUCGUAUCAGGCCUGGCUUCACCAUGGCUAUCAGCUUUUUGCCCUCACAAUUCUUGGUGUGUCGACAACAUCAGAAAAGGCUUAGUAAGAACAGUGAAAAUUUGAAUGGAGUCUGCACAAUCCUGUCUCCAGAACUGCAAGAAACCCAUUCUUUUGAGCCUGUCUCUUUGGUGAAAUUCAGUACUGGGGAUAACAGCAGCAACAAUAACAACAACAACAAGUUGGAAAAACAUGAAGAUUUCACAGGAAAAAUCAAACUAAUUACUACCAACAGCAAGAAGAAGAAUAACAACACCACCAAGAAAGACAAUGAAUUCCCAGUCAGCAACAACAGUUGGAAUAACAGCAACAACAACAACAACAAUGGGAAUAAUGACAAGAACAAGGAUUUAGAAAAAGAAAAAGUUAAGCAAAGCAAUGAGAACAGCAAUAACAACAAAGACAAGAAAGAGAACGAUGAUGAAUUUCCAGGCACUGAGAUUGCAAUUGUUCUGGAUGGAUCAGGAAGCAUUGAAGAACCUGACUUCCAAAAAGCAAAAGAUUUUAUUAUAAACAUAGCCAAAAACAUUUGGAAACGAUGUCUUGAGUGUGAAUUUGCAUUGGUGCAGUUUGGUAUGGAAAUUAAGACGAUAUUUGAUCUGAAUGACAGCCAGGAAAUAAGUUCUGGAAUUUUCUCAAUUGUAAGAAAUAUGCUUCAGUUGGGUCAAACCACAAAAACAGCUUCAGCAAUACAACAUGUACUUGACAACAUCUUCAAUGAAACUCGAGGCUCCAAUAGAAAUGCCAAACGGUUUAUCAUUGUAGUGACAGAUGGAGAAAUAUUCAGAGAUGACAGAAAUCUAACAGAUGUAAUCAACUCAGAUAAAAUGGUGAAUAUAACACGGAUAGCUGUUGGGGUUGGACCAGCCUUUAAGAAGGAAGCUGCAUUUAAUGAGCUGAAACUAAUUGCAUCUGAUCCAGAUGAGACACACCUAUUCCAGGUUGACAAUUAUAGUGCUUUAGAUAGUCUUCUGACGAAUCUAGAGAAAAAUAUUGUUGGAAUUGAAGGUACCCAAGGUGUAAACAUCAGUGCAUUUCAGAUGGAACUGGCCCAAGCUGGAUUUAGUGCAGAUUACGCUGAUGGCAACAUUUUACUUGGUGCUGUAGGAGCAUAUGACUGGAGUGGAGGAGUAAUAAUGUAUAACCAAGAAACAGGAGCACUUUUUCUAAAUGAGACUAAAGGAACACUCGAAGCAGCUUACAGUUACCUUGGGUACAGUGUAGCUUCAGUAAAGGGAAUGAAUGGGCAGCACUUGUACGUUGCUGGAGCCCCUCGGCAUAGCCAGACUGGACAAGUACUUGUAUUUCAAGCAGGAACUUCUGUCAAAAUAAAGCAACAUCUUGCAGGGAAGCAGCUGGGGUCAUACUUUGGUUCAGAGCUGUGCUCUCUGGAUAUAAACAAUGAUAAUGUGACAGAUUAUCUUCUUGUCGGUGCUCCAUUCUUUCAUGUACAAGGCGAAGAGGGCAUGGUUUAUAUCUACCAGCUCAAUGACAAGAAUACAUUUGAAGAGAAGGACAAUUUGACAGGAAUAUCAAGUUAUACCAAUGCCAGAUUUGGAGUUGCCAUUGCAAACAUAGGUGACAUCAAUAUGGAUGGAUACAAUGAUGUAGCUAUUGGAGCUCCUCUGGAAGAAGACCAUAGAGGCAGUAUCUAUAUAUUUAAUGGACAUAAGGAUGGUAUUCACAAGGCUCAUUCCCAGCGAAUAAGUGGGAAGGAUGUUCUGCUUGAACCCUUAUACUUUGGACAAUCAGUGGCUGGUUCUUCUGAUGUUGAUACUGAUGGGAUUCUUGACAUAACAGUUGGUGCACAAGACAAUGUUGUUGUGCUCAGCUCAAGACCAGUUAUCAACAUUGGGACCAAUGUUACAUUUUUUCCGAAGCUGGUGCCUUUGUCCUUCACAACUUCCCAUGAGCAAGAGAAAAUUAUCCAAGUUUCUGUGUGUUUUACUGCUCAAUCAAAAUUUGCAUCAUUAGAUUUGAAAAAUUCAUAUGUGAAUUACACCAUUAAUCUGGAUACAAAGCAGAAGACUAAAAGAGUGACAUUUGCAAUGAACGAUGGAACUCCUGACUCUAUAUCUGAUUAUGUCAGGAUCUCAUUAGAUGCCUGUAAAAACUAUUCACUCAUUGUGCAGCAUUGCACAAUGGAUUGUGUCUCUGCAAUUAUUGUAGAAGUGAAUUAUACACUGAAUAAUACUGAAAAGAAGCCUGGACUACCCUUACCAAUUCUUGAUCAUUUUUCCAACCUGUCAUCAUGUGUUGAGCUCAAAUUUCAGAAGGACUGUGGAUCUGACAAUAUAUGUAAAGCAAAUCUAAAAUUGGAAUCCAAAUUGCCAGAAAACUUUACAUGGAUUGUUGGUAAGACAAAAGAAGUGAGUUUAAACAUUCUUCUGUCCAAUACUGGAGAAGAUUCAUAUCUCACCACCAUGGACCUGUCCUAUCCAAAAAGUCUUUUCUUUAAGGGGAUCUCAAAACCUCAGCUUGCAGAUGUUAAAUGCACAGAUCAAGCCACGUCCUCCUUAUCCUUCCUAAAUUGUGAGAUUUUUCAUCCAGUGUUCAAGAGGAAUUCACAAGUGGAAGUUUCUAUUUCUUGGGAUCUUGGAAGUGCACCAUUUAAAGAGGAAUUUGCAUGUGUCAGCGUUAAUGUUAGCAACAAAAAUGAAAUUGGAAAUGCUGUUCACAAUACCCAUAAUAUUCCUGUGAGACAUGGCUUGAAUGUCUUCCUGAAAGCAGAAAAUCAAAUAACAGAAGUUGACAUUCGCAAUAAAGCUGUGGAUGAGACUGUGAAAUAUAAUUUUCAGGUCACCAUGGAGAACCCUUACAAUGCAUCGGUGAAUCUAACAUUAUCAAUUCCAGUGAAAAUACAGGAUCGACAAAUACUCCAACUUCAACAGGAAUCUUUGAAACAUUGUUUGAAAACACAGAAAAUCUUCAAACAACAGCCAGAACAGAAAAUAAAAGAUCAAUGGGACUGUGACAUGCAUGAAUGUGAAUGUUGGUAUUUUCAGUGUGAACUCACAGCAGCAAAACAAGACAUUGAUCUAACAGCACGGUUGCCAGUCAACAAUUUAAAACAGAUUGUGAAGGACAGGGCUGAUAUUGUGAUCUCAGGCGUUGUUGUCUUUGAUGAGAAGCUAUAUCAGGAAACAUCUGAUGCUAAAGACAUACAUCACAAUGUUAAGAUGCACGUGACCAUUGUAAAUACUCCAGUCUUUAACGCUAUCCCUGUGGUGGCUGGGAGCACAGUUGGUGGAAUCCUGCUUCUACUUUUGAUUAUUUUAAUUCUGUACAAGUGUGGAUUUUUCAAACGCAGUUACAAGGACAUGAUUGAAUUUGAAGAAGAAACUGAACAUUGAACUCUGAAACCAAAGAAAUACCUUACUAUUGUUAGUGAUACUUUCAUCUUGAAUAUUAAAUGAUCUAUUUACAUUUAAUUAAACUUUUCAACAGAAGCUUAAUGCACAUGUGAAGUAUAUUAAUGUGCUCCAAAUGUGGAUCUUGCUGGAAAUUUGUGAAAAGAAUAAAUUACAUGCUCAAAUAAUAU